AUGUCUCAACCAAAAGUAUUAACCCCUGAAGUCCUAUGGGCACAAAGAUCAAGUGAAAGUAUUCCUGAGGAGAAUUAUCUGCUCGUUACAAUUGCAGUACCAGACUGUGAAGAACCAGAAGUUAAAGUUAGUGAAAAGACACUUGAUUUUAGUGCAGUCUCGAAAGGCCAUGUUGGUGACGAGCAACCACAUCACUACAAACUGAAGAUCAACUUUUACAAGGAUGUCGAUUCAAGCAAGACGUUGAAGAAGAUUGCCAAUGGACAGCACUAUUUCUUAAAGAUUUUCAAAAAGGAUUUGGGAAUUGAGUAUUGGCCGCGUCUGACUGAAGAAAAAGUCAAAUAUUCUUACAUCAAAACAGAUUUCAACAAGUGGGUAGAUGAGGAUGAGCAGAACUCGGUGCCAGAAGCAGCAGCAGCCGCUGGUCCAGACUUUAAUGAAAUGUUAAUGAACGGAAACCCGGAUAUGGAAAUGCUAAAGCAGCAAUUGGCGCAAGGAGGUGGUGGAAUGCCAGAUCUAAGUGCUGCAGGUCUUGGCGAAGAAUUAGGGGAUUAUGAAAACGAAGAGGAAGAGGAGGAGGAAAAAUAA